AGACACCCCUUCUUGUCUCCACAGUCACCCCCUUCUUCACACUCUUGUUAUUAUAACCUUUAAGUUACUGCCUAACCUCAUCUUUUUCAUUCUUUACACCAUUCUCACACCUCCGGUGGACCAUCACUAAAUGAUUAUUGACCUGUCCGAUUUGGACAAACCAGUGAACGCUUCACAGCUCAUCCACCAGGUGCUCCAUGACGCUUUUCUUGCCGCAGACCUUGGCAACUACACAGAAGCCGUCAACCUGCUCGAUAAACCGCCCGCGUGGCAAACAUGGGGAAUCGGUUUCGCAAUUGUCUCGGGAUGUAGUUUCUCCGCUCCACUUGGAAUACUUCUAUUACCGUGCUUAUCAAAAUCCCUUUAUGAACGGAUUAUGACGUUUCUUGUUGCUGUUGGAAUCGGUGCACUUUCUGGUUCAACGAUAUUUAUUAUGCUUCCACAAGCAUUCCAUUUAACAUCGUUUGAACAUUUUGAAUAUCACACAAAAUCGCUGAUUAUUCUAUGUGCAUUAUAUGCAUUCUUCACUGUAGAUCGUAUGUUACAGUAUAUUUUAGAAUUCAGGAGACGACGUCAGACAAAACGAAGGAUUCACGCAUCGACAAUCGCCUCUUUGAUGAACACCCCGACAACUAAACGGCGGGACAAUGGUCACAAUACUACCGAAGAGACGAUUGUUCCGUCUGAACCACCAACGAUAACUCGACUACAAGUUCCUGAUCUUCAUAAUCAUCACAGGUUCCGACGUGAAUCGGAGCUGUCCGAUGUAGAGAGAACUGAGCAACAAGAAAAGGAAAUGGCUGAAUUAGCAAAUGAUCUUGAAAUGGCACUGACAAACAAUGUUUUGGCACGAACGUUUUCAACUCGCCGUCGUGUUGCAGUAGUAAGCGGUGGUCUUGAUGAUAUUGAGUUCCGAAGUCCAAAACUUUCAUCUCAUCAUACAAAUGGAAAUACGUCGCAGUUUCUCGACGUUAUCAACAAUGAAUUUCACAGAAGAAUGACACCGCUUUCGUCAAGACCUGGAAGUCCGGUGACAAUAAACGUUGAAGAACCAAAAGAAAGCUAUGAAAUGAAGCAGAAAUCUGAAAAGCCAGGUCUGAAUCAUCAAGAUAAUAGUGAUUCAAUGUCAGUAUCAAUUCGAGUUGUUGAGAAAAAAGUAAUUGAACCAGCAGCAAUGGAAGUAGCUUCAGUCGCCUAUAUGAUUAUUUUUGGAUCAUCAGCUAACAACUUUGUGGAUGGUAUGAGCAUGGGAGCCGCAUUUUCAGACAAUUUGCUCAGGGGUCUGAGUAUUGGAAUUGCUGUAAUCUCCCAACAGUUUCCUCAAGAACUUGGAACUUUGGCAAUUCUUGUAAAGUCUGGAUUAGGACUCAAAAAGACACUUUUGUUCAAUAUGGUUCCAAUUGUACUCAGUUUCUUGGGAUUUUCGAUUGGUGUGAUGUUGGACAGUGUGGACGAUUCGUAUGACGAGUACAUUUUUGCAAUAUCUUCCGGAAUGUAUAUGUAUAUCUUCUUGGGAACCUUGAUUCCUGAAAUUCGAGAAUCGACGAAUGAGCUCAUCAAAGAAAAUUUGGCCGAGAGUAUUCUGGUGUCUAUUCUCCAGGCUUGUGGUAUUUUGUUUGGAACAACUUUCAUGUACUUUAUGAGUCGGGUGAACUCUGUGGACUUUUGAGCAGUAUCUGCUUUUCUCUCUCUCUCUCUCUCUCUCU